GUACCGUAGCAGGUUACUAUUCCACCACUAGACCACUGGUGCUCGUUUGCCGUUGAACGGACCUUUAAAAUAAUAUCAUUUCUUAGCAGAUUAUCCGGAUACAGCUUCCCCGGAGCAACAAAAAUUAGGCAAAAGCUCAGGCAGAAAUAACUAAAAUAUAGCUUCUCACUCACCGUCACAGAGCAAAGAAUUCCGGUCUCCUAAUCUCGUCAUGAAAAUUUGAAACCCUAAUAUCUGAGCUCCAUGGUCCUAAGUUCCUUCUUUCUCUCCAUCCCACGAUAAUGGAGGAUUCUCUACCACUGAAUCCUGAUACAAUGGAUCAGGGAUCCAUUUCAAGUGGGAUUGCAGUAGUGGCUUGCAUGGCAAUGGCUCUCUCUUACGUUUUGGUACUCUAUGCUCCGACCUUUAUACUUCGAUUGCCUCCUCCUCUCUCUUUAGAGACCUACAUGAUCAGGAGGUUUGCAUGUGCUUCCAUUUCAACGGCUGCUUCACUUGUCGCCUGUGUCUUCCUCCUCCCUAUGAAAAGAUCUUGGAAUGCAUCGUCAAUCUUUCGCGUAUAUGGCAUUCGACACGACCAUUUGUGGCAGGCUGUGGUCUUUCCUCUUUUGUUGACUUCUCUUCUAUAUUCUGGGUGUUUUGUAUCGAAACUCUUGUUUCUAUUGACUGCAAGGAAGCAAGAGGAAUCCAAUGGGGAAGGUGAUUCGUUGACCAGUGGUUUCUCUCAUGGGUUUCUUGAGAGGAUUAGUUCUCUCACUUCCAAUGUGUUGGCGUGGCGUAAUUAUGUGGUGGCACCGCUUACCGAGGAGUUGGUUUUCCGAGCAUGUAUGAUACCCUUGCUUCUUUGCGGAGGAUUCAGUAAAUACACCAUUGUAUUUUUGAGCCCGAUUUUUUUCAGCUUGGCACACGUGAAUCAUUUGUUGGAGCUAUACUAUGACCAAAGGAUCAGCUUUUCAAGAGCUGUUAUGUCUGUUGGGCUCCAGCUAGGUUAUACUGUAAUCUUCGGUUACUACGCAUCUUUUCUCUUCAUUCGAACAGGACAUCUAGCUGCACCAAUUGCAGCUCAUGUAUUCUGUAAUGUGAUGGGAUUGCCAUUGAUCUCAUCUACUAGAGGAAAAGGAAAAGAACACAAUCGGAUUAAUGGAGGGAUGCAUGUAAGUAAAAUAUCCUCAUUUGGAGCAAAAAGUAACUCCAACUCCAUCUCUAUAUCAAGAAAGCUCACAUUUUGGUCGAGGCUCUUAGUUAGCAAUUGUUCCAUUGACACGCCAUAUACUUGUUGAACACCUUAUGUCUAAAAUGCAGCAGUAAGAGCUGAACCAUUUUUAAUUGGAAGGCAUCUUGUUCACUCUGAUUAAGCACCAGUUUCCAACCACCUCAAGAAUCCGGACUUUGUUUUUGGCCCUGUAAAUGGUGGUCUUAAGUGGCAUGGAGACCAUUCAAAGAUUGGAUAGAGAAGAUGAUUCUACGAGGCUCCCUUGCACCAGAUCCCAUCAAAACUCAUUUGCCACAUUAGAGAAAGGAUCAAGUUCUGGCACUUCCUAGGAGAUUUGGUUCCGUCUUGGAGGAGACUUGGAUAUAAUUGACUAUAGCUGUUUUCAAAAUCGACAAGAAUGGCUUUUAUGGUUGGGGCUUUGGUCUUCUUUGUAUCCUUGUUGCCAGCCACACAUCCUGGUCUAUAUAAUACCAGAAC